AUGGAUAACCAAUCAGACGCCUCUUCGAAACAUCAUCACCACCAUCACCACCAUCACCACCACAGUGGGGGGAGUUCACACUCCUCUAGUGGACAGCGUCCGAGACUGUCCGAUGGUUCCAGAAUCGGUAACUACCAGAUCGUCAAGACUCUGGGUGAGGGGUCCUUCGGUAAAGUGAAACUGGCGUACCACAUCACGACAAACCAAAAAGUCGCGCUGAAAAUCAUCAAUAAGAAAGUUUUAGCCAAGAGCGAUAUGCAAGGUAGAAUUGAGAGAGAGAUUUCGUACUUGAGGUUGUUGAGACACCCACAUAUCAUCAAGCUGUACGAUGUCAUCAAGUCCAAGGAUGAGAUUAUCAUUGUGAUAGAGUUUGCAAGCAAUGAGCUGUUCGACUACAUUAUCCAACGAGACAAAAUGAGCGAACAGGAGGCCAGGAGGUUUUUCCAGCAAAUCAUCAGUGCAGUGGAAUACUGCCACAGACAUAAGAUCGUUCACAGAGACUUGAAACCCGAAAACCUGUUGCUAGAUGAGGACCUGAACGUUAAGAUCGCCGAUUUUGGGCUUUCCAACAUUAUGACAGAUGGUAAUUUCCUGAAGACGUCCUGCGGGUCCCCCAACUACGCUGCGCCGGAGGUGAUCAGUGGGAAACUGUACGCGGGGCCCGAAGUGGACGUCUGGUCUUGUGGUGUUAUUCUCUACGUCAUGCUCUGCCGUCGUUUGCCCUUCGAUGAUGAAAGCAUCCCCGUGCUGUUCAAGAAUAUUAGUAACGGUGUCUACAUCCUACCCAAAUUCUUGUCUCUCGGUGCAGCCAAUCUGAUCAAGAAAAUGCUGAUUGUCAACCCAUUGAACAGAAUCAGCAUCAGUGAGAUAUUCAAAGAUGAGUGGUUCCAAGUUGACUUGCCCGAUCAUUUGAUUCCAGACUACUUGAAGGGAGGAAACGGCGAUGAUUUCGAGGGUAAGGGCAACGACGCCAUGGAGGACAAUCAGCCAGAGGAAAUUGAUGACGACCUAGUCAAUGCAUUGUCGAGAACUAUGGGCUAUGAUAAAGAGGAAAUCUACGAAUCAUUGGAGUCGAACGAGGAUAACUCAAACUUGAAUGAAAUCAGAGACGCCUACAUGCUGAUGAAGGAAAACAAAUCGCUCUUGGAAAACCUAAACAAGGGCAAUGACGAGUCUGCCAACAACGGUGAUGCACUUGACACUUUCCUGGCGCAGGCUCCGCCAUCUUACCAAAAGAAGCAGGCUUCUGGCACGGCCGUUGAAACCGCAGACGGCCAGCAAGCACUGCAGCAGGAGACGCCAAUUAGUUCUGCACCCCCACAGGACCGUCAUGAGAAGAAACGUCACGCAAGCUCAACGACUAGACACAGAACGUACCACCAGGCUCCCUUCAUGGACCAGUCGAAAGAGGAGGACUCCACGAUCUCCAUUUUGCCUACGUCUCUGCCCCAAAUCCACAGAGCUAACAUGCUAGCACAGGGGUUCCCAGCUGCGUCUAAGAUAUCGCCUUUGGUAAACAAGAAAUCGAAAACGAGAUGGCAUUUCGGUAUACGAUCUCAUUCGUACCCGUUGGAUGUCAUGGGCGAGAUUUACAUUGCUUUGAAGAAUCUAGGUGCCGAGUGGGCCAAACCUUCCGAAGAGGAUUUGUGGACCAUAAGAGUCAGAUGGAAGUACGACGUCGAACAAAAUAGAACCAACAACGAAAAGAUUCCUGAUCUGAUGAAAAUGGUUAUCCAGUUGUUUCAAAUCGAGACGAACAACUAUCUGGUCGAUUUUAAGUUCGAUGGUUGGGAGAGUAGUUACGGUGAGGCAACAAGACACUCCACCAUCUCCGACGACGAGAUGAGUACCUUUUCUGCUUACCCAUUCUUACAUUUGACCACGAAACUGAUUAUGGAGCUGGCCGUGAACAGUCAAAACGCAUGA